CCAUUAUGAAUCUCAUUGACCCUUUACAACGUGAGUUGGAUGCUAAAGUGAGCGAUGGUUUGGAGUUGAAAUUUCUACUAAAAACUGGAUUGUUUAACGAUCUAUAAAGACAGAUGCCUACACUAUCUUUAAUUCUCUUUCAUCGAAGAAGUUUUUGUUCAAAUUUACGUAGUAUUUGAAGAAUCAGUGAAGAUUAAGACGAAUUUGUGCAGGAACUUGUUGGCGUCUGAAAUCUUGACGAAACAGAAUACCGACUCAUUUGGUUGUUAUUGUUUUGAAGUUGAAGAAAAUCUUACAAAGAUUGUGUUUUGUGGUUGAAGCACAUGAUUCGCCAUUUGAUAAGGUCGCCCUGGUCUGGUUUUCAGAGAUUAGCCGGACAUUUUCGAGGGCCUAGUCCGUCUGUAAGUCUACAAGGAAUUGCUGAGCAAAGAAAACAAAUUUUGGUUCACCGUUGGUUUUCAUCAAACGUCGAAGAAAUUAUGGCAUGCUUGCCGUUUUAUGUAAAGGGAGAAGUUGUGAAAGGAUUUGGUCGUGGUAGCAGAGAGCUUGGCAUUCCCACAGCUAACAUGCCGGAAUCUGUUGUGGACAGUUUGCCAGAGCCUUUAACAACCGGAAUAUACUUUGGUUUUUCAAAUGUUGAUGGCGGCACUGUGUUCAAAACGGUUCUAAGUAUUGGAUGGAACCCUUUUUAUCAUAACACCAAGAAAUCACUGGAAGCCCAUUUGAUCCAUGAAUUUCCAGAAGACUUUUACGGAAGUGAGCUUAAACUCAUCAUGCUGGGGUAUAUUCGACCAGAAACAAACUUUGAUUCCUUGGAAUCCUUAAUGAAGGCAAUACACAAUGACAUUGAUGUAUCAAAGAAUGAACUUGAAAAACCAGAGUUUCAAACAUAUCUGAAAGACUCUUUCUUCAAAUCGGCAAAUUCGUCACCAAAUUCAAAUGAUUGUAAUGGCAGUUAGUUUUUAGUCAAAUAUUAGGGUGCGUGAAUUACUGUCUGACUUCUAACAGUCAAAUUUUAGCUGUUGGAAUAACACUUAACUAUGAGCUGGAAAUAUAUUUUUAACUAUUUGAUCUAGAAAGUAUUUAGAACAAGAAUUUCUUCCCGCAUAUAAAUUUGAUUUGAGGUAAGGCUCUGUUUUGCUGUUUAAUGGGGCUGAAUAAUAAUUUUGUAAGCAAACAUAAUUUGUGAGACGUCCAAGGUUUUCACUUAUUUUCAAUUUUCAUAAGAUGCAACAACGCCAGUUUCACCAUGGUCGCUACAGAUGUCUCUCAGUUCCAAGGACUUAAGAUGAACUGUAAGAUCAGUAGUGUUCAUACCAAAUAUCUCAGUUUUUUCAGAUAAUUCAACUUUUUGAAAUGUCUGAUUGAUCUGGUAUAUUGAUGCUUUCUCUGACAAAACCUAUUUUUACCUUCGCGAUUUCCUUGAUAAAUUUUCUUGUCACAUUGGAUGAAAAAUCAUUUCCAUUUGAGAAUAUAACUACUCUAAACACUUCACUUAGAACUAUCACAAAUUGGAAACAGACUUUUAAAAAGAAGGUUACGAAAACACAAACGGACAUUGACUACAUAAAACACAAAAUGACACAAACAUAAAACACAGGCUUACCCUCCUCCUACAGUUUGAAAUUAAGAAACUUCCAAACUCCCUGUAAAUAUUUUCCCUUGGCUCAGUUCAGUUCAGUUCAUAUAUAAUUCAAAUUCUCCACAUACAAUUUAAAAUUCACAGUACAUACAAAUAACUAAACUACAUAGAUUGAAUACAUAAUUUUACAAAACAAAAUAAAAAAUUAAUACAAUGUUACAGAAAACUAAAUACAAUAGACAUACAAAGAGGGAAUUAUUUAAAGGAUGUGCUCUCUCAAUAGGUAAACUAAUCGAGGAGAGAGCCCCCCCUGAAAUUGGAUAACCACAUCCACUUAAUUUUUCAAUUUAUCUUUAAAUUUAUGCAUCAACGUUUGUGCCAAGAUUGGAAGACGCAUCUCCAUCCUCUCCUCUGUUUUAUUUUCCUUGCAAUAGCGUAGCAAAGGGCAGGCAAGAGGGGGGUGGAUGCCCCCCUCCCAAUAGAAAAAUAUAUCAUUAAGAAAGGGCAUUUUUGGCAUUUUAAAGGGUUUUGACCCCCAUUUUUCCUUUGCCCAAUUUCUUCUUUGCCACCCCAAUCUUACCUCCCUGGCUACACUACUGCUUCCUUGCCAGAACUUAUUAUUUUUGUAUUUUCGGAUUUAUUGAGUUCAAACGCGUAAAUUUUUAAUCAUGAAUCAUUUAGUGAAAAUUUUAUCAUUUUAAUAAAGUUUGGUGCAUAUUUAUCACGCAUAUGUUUAGAUAUUGGAUGAAAAUUUUGUCUUGUAGAAA